CCAACGGUGAUGUGAUGAGCUGACGAACUACAAAGGGCCCUCCACCAAACACCAUGGCACGCUCGGAUUGAAAUCAACUUCCAGUCCGUGUGUCGGCCGUCCAACUGUGUGAGUGUUGGUCCCUUUCCCCGUUAGAUGCUGCGUGAAAUCAAAACAAUCAGCCUCACACACAGGCCCAUUCCACGAUGAGAUGACGACAGCCAGCCAACCAGCCAGCCAGCCAGAGCGCGGUCAACGGCAGAGACACGGAGGCAUCUCGUGAGAUCCCUCGGCGUGAUCGCGCGUGCAGCGGCUCGCGGCAAGUUGGGCCAGUUCGUGUUUGUUCGUUGAAAUCGUGUGUCGGCCGGAGAUGGUUGUGCGUGCCCCACAGUGCCACACAGUGUCGUCGUGCGUUAGUGAAUGUGAUUGAUUGGGAGUAACGCAGCAGCAACCAGUCAGUCAGUUGUUUGUCGUCGUUUGUGCAGCAGUGUGGUGUAGGUGUAGUGUGUAAUCGAUUUACAUCGUCCGAUCGAACGGUCGAGCGAGGCUUUGGACAGGGAAAUUCGAACCCGAUCGCUCACUCAACGGCACGAAGGGACGGAAAGGGAGUCUGUUGACUGUGUGUGACGGCGUGUGACUGUGUGGGAGCAUGAUAAUGGUAAUGAAAAUAGCAAUAAUGGGCCCUGAUUGAACGAAACGGCGCUGGGAGACUGGAGCAAUUUGGUUGCCUUCUUGGCCUGGUGGCUGGCGGCUGGUGGUGGUGGACUUGGUGUACGGGCCCUGGUGGUAUGGUGUGUGUCGUGUUGUUCCGCGUGUGUACCAUUGCGGGAGAAUAGCGCGCGCGCGUGUGUGUGUGUGUACGUAAUUCUUCUCGAUCGCGCGCGCGGCCACUGCGGUAAGUGAAAAAGCGUGCGAAAGAGCAGAUGAUCGAAAGAGAAGAAAAAGGGCAGUGGAAAGGGCAGGGCAGGGCUGCGAAGCAAAAGGGAGAGAGAGAGUGAGAGUGUGUUUGUGUUGUGGCUCUGUGUGUAGCAACGUCUACGGCGGGUUCGAGGAUCGAACAAGUCGAGUUCAAAGCACAUUAUCAGAACUCGUCAUCGUCAUCAUCAUCAUCAUCAUCAUCAUCACCGUGCCGAGAAAGAAGGAGAGAGUGAGAGGCUGUGUUGAACUGCGAAAGACUGUCGAGCGAGAGAGUGAGAAAGAGAGCGGGAGCAAGUUGCGAAGGGUGUGCGUGAAACGAAGGGCUGGACGCAAGGGAAACACGAAAAACAGAGCAACAACAGGGCAGCAGCAGGGGACAACAAAGCACAUGCAAACGAGAAACAGACGACAACAGCAGGCAGCAGGCGUUGCGUUGCGCAGUGAGUGAAGGAGAAGACGAUAGAGGGUGCUGGUGGUGUAUUUGUUGUGUUGAUAGCGUGCGCGCCAGAGACGUGUAAGUGUGCUAGGGGGCUGUUGUUGUUGCUCGUCGAAAUAGUUGUUGUUGCGUUAAAAUCGGUACACAAGAAGAAAAGAAGAAGCGAUUGGCCCAUGGAAGGGACUGAUGAGGGUGAAGAAGAACGACUCGAAACGUCAGAAAGUGUGAGGCUGUGUACGUGUGUGUGUGUGUAGCAAGAGCCAACGAGAAACGAAAGGGAGAAAGAGAGAGUGAGUGAGAGAGUGAACAGUUCGAUCGAGUGCCAUGUGAGCAAAGAACGGUGAGUCUGCGUGAGCUCAACACCCCACCACACCAUGCCGCCCUUCCUGGGUACGGAUCGCUGAAGUAGACGGCCCUUCCGACCCAAACACUCCCCCCCAAAAAUGCCCCCGCUCGUAACGAGAGAGAAAGUGUGCGUGCGGGUUAACGCUCACUCGGAGCGCCGGGAUCUGAGCCUUCUUCUCCGGUUCGUGUGAGUGUGUGUGUGUGUGUGUGUGUGGGCACACGCAAUUGCCCAAGAUGAGUUCGACGACGGCCCAAAGACCCUAAGAAGCGGAUGCGAGACGCCACCCAAUAGGCCACCACGUCUGUCCCCGCCUCAGAACGGGAGAACCCAACGGGCAGCAGCUUAAUUUCGCUCUCGCAGCCAUCGCUUUCUAUUGCAGCAAAGAAAAACAUGCUCUCUCAAGCAAGUGCUCUCGAUGAUCUUCCCUUGCUUCAUCCCCCAAAGCGUGAGAGAGAGCGCACACUUCUCAACCCCCGAGAGAGUGAGAGCGAAAUUGCGUGCGCGUUCCCUGGGUAGUAGUGGCGUGCGUUCUCUUGCACCACCGCCAGAAACGACGCAUCUCCCGUGGGAAACGGAUCGUUCGAUCAUUCAGUGUGUGCUGGCGAGGCGCGCGCCCGCUCGUAUGUGUGUUUGCCCUGUAGAUUUUUGUUGUUGUGGCGGGCCUGAGCCGGGUGUGUUACGAGUGUGUGUCUCUCACUCGCCGGCCUGUGUGUCUGUGUGUGUGUGGGUAUGUUUCCGUGGAGAGUUGGCGUGAAGCAAACAACGGGUCGCGGAGCGGAAAUAUCGUGACGUUAUCGGUUCAGUUCUUAGCGCGAGUAUGUUCUCUGACAGCAGCAAAGUUACGUCAGUGAAAUUAGUGUGUGUGUGUGUGUGUGUGUGUGUGAGUGUUUGUGAGUGAUUGUGAGUGUGAAGUGUAGGCCUUUUUGGAGUGAAUAUUCAAGCUAGCACCCCGAUUGCCAAACUCAGCCACAACGGCAACGGAAGUUGAUGCUGCGUGCCGUAACGAUUUGCGUAUGCGAUCAUACGCUCCCGUUUUGCGUGUGUGUGAUUUGUGUUUGAUGGUGGUUGGUGAUUGUGAGUAACACACACACAGAUACAUGUGAAAAAAGUGCAUAGAAAACAAGGCCCAGAAGGUUGACAAAAAUCGCAAAAAAGUGUUUGCUGUGAAAAAGAAGUGAAGCUGUGUUGUGAAAGCUCCAUGUGUGUGCAAGUGUAAAAUUUUGUAAGUGGCUAUAGGUGUAUGAAAAAUGAAAUGCUAAUCAUCCCGUGUACGUCCUAUGUGUGUGGCAUUUAUUCUCCGCUGCUUUGCCGUGAGUUCAUUGAGUUUUGUGUAGGAGAGUGUGCGAAAAAAGAGUAAUUUUCGGCAUGCAAAGUGGUUUCUGCACAUGAGAAGUGUCCCAAAAAAAGAAAGAAAAGAAGCAAGGUGAAGGAAGUAGCAAACAGCAGGGAAGAAAAUAAUAGGUCAGCAAAUUAGCAAAAAGUGCCACGUAUUAUCACCAGCAUCGGCGUUGAACCCAGGUUCGGGUCCAGUGUAUCAACGAUCAGCGCAAAUUGUUCGCUUCCUUCGUUUUAAAAGGAACGACUGUUUGGUUUUGCUAAUUGGGAACAAGCUCCCUCCCCCCCCAUAGAAGUGGAGAUGAGCUAGUUCCAGCGAGGGGAAGAUAGUUCACUGAUCGCAACCAAACGGGAGGCGAAAAUUUGGAAAACAAAAGUGCAAUACCAUUCCACAGGUCUAUCACUGAGAACAGAACAGAAGUCUGCAGAGAGAGAGAAAGAGCAAAAUAAAUCUCACUCCCCUCCCGUCACGAUCACGAUCGUGCUGCAGAGUGGCGUGAACAACCUCCUCCCUCCCCUACCCAUCUCCGUGCAACCGGCGCCGGCAUCUUUCACACCCCACAGGACGACGAUUUCACGUUCAAGGCGAAGCGCGCGAAACUAUUCUCAGUUCGGCCUUCGAACACAUGCCGGUGUUCGAAAUCGGUUGGAGUCGCGCUGAUCGGCCCCAUUCGAGGGGGCCAUGACGCGUUGGCCCGUCCUACUGCUUGCACUGCUCUCGGUGGCGUUCGGUCAUGUGCCGGCCGCGGUCGCCCUAGUGCCCGGCCCGAAUGGCAUCGGUGGCGGCAGUCUCACGCCGAGCGGUUCCGGCGGUGGUACCGGGAGUUCGAGCGCGCCCGAAGCGUCUGCCUCGGCCGCCCUUCCCUUCUAUCAUGACCCGUAUCAACCUCAGUCACUGCUGCUGCAGCAUCAAUCAACGAACCAGCAGCACCAGCAACAGCAGCAGCAGUCGCAGCCGCCGCAACAGCAGCAGACACACUCAUCCGGCUCGUACAUUACGAAGAUGCCGGAGAACUCGCCGCACCAGAAGUUCCGCAACAAUCGGACGGUGCUGACCCUCGGCUAUCUGACCGCGGUCAAGGGUGAUCUGAUCGAGAAGCAGGGCCUCACCAUCUCGGGCGCGCUCACGAUGGCGCUGGACGAGAUCAACAACGAUCCGGAGCUGCUGCCGAACGUGACGCUCGCGCUACGGUGGAACGAUACGCGCGGCGAAACCGUCGUCGCGACACGUGUCAUCACCGAGAUGAUCUGCGACGGGGUGGCGGCAUUCUUCGGCCCGGAAGGUACCUGCCAGACCGAGGCGAUCGUUUCGCAGAGCCGCGACAUACCAAUGAUCUCGUAUAGAUGUUCCGAGCUGCAGCGUAGCUCACCAAUUCCUACCUUCGCCCGCACCGAGCCACCCGAUACUCAGGUUACCAAAUCCAUCAUCUCGCUGCUGACGUACUACGGCUGGCGGAAGUUUUCGAUCAUCCACGAGCAGCUGUGGAAGAACGUGGCCACCUCGCUGGAAACGCAGGCCAAAAACAACAACCUGUCCGUCAACCACGUCGAGAUGGUGUUCGACAACUACAAGUGCUGCCAGGACGAUAUGGACUGCUGCCGUAGUGGAUAUUGGUACACGGUCAUACAGAAAACGAUGAACAGGACGCGCAUCUACGUGUUUCUCGGGAACAGCAACCAGCUCGUUGACAUGAUGGCCACCAUGGACGGGAUGCAGCUGUUUGCGAAGGGCGAAUACCUGGUCAUAUCCGCCGACAUGAUGACUUAUUCGCCGAAACUGUCGAACAAGUAUCUGUGGCGCGUCGAGAAGCCACCGAACGUGAAGAACUGCAUGGACCUGCCGGGGGACUUUGAGCGGCGCAGCAAGAGCUUGCUGGUGGUCGUCGCCUCCGAACCGCUGCCCACGUUCGAAGCGUUCACGCACAAGGUGCGCGAGUACACGCAGAAGGAGCCGUUCUUCUUCAAGCAGCCGUCGCUCUUUCAUCAGUUCGUAAAGUACGUGUCGAUCUAUGCCGCCUAUCUGUACGAUUCGGUGAAGCUGUACGCCUGGGCCCUGGACAAGCUGCUGAAGGAGGAGCAGCAGCACCGGCCGCUGACGAGCGACGUGAUCCGGGACGUGGCCAGCAACGGUACCAAGAUCAUACAAACCAUCAUCAACAACCGAACGUACCACAGCGUUGCCGGUGCGACGAUUAAAAUCGACGACUACGGCGACUCGGAGGGUAACUUUUCGGUGCUCGCCCUCAAGCGGGAGUUCUACGAGGAGGCGAACUUUUCCUGCGAGUUCCAGAUGCGGCCGGUCGCGCACUUCCAGAUGCGGCAACCGCAGCACCUCAACGACACGAACCAGCACCGAAACGAUGAAAUUCCAGAGUUUAAGCUGUCCAAGGUGGGCAACGCGAUCGACUGGCCCGGGUCGGACCGGCCGAUGGAUGAGCCGUCGUGCGGUUUCAUGAACGAGCACUGCAUGAAAGACGACACCCACAUCAUGUCGAUGGUGGUGGCGGGCGUCCUGGCCCUCAUCCUGUUCUGUGCCGGCGUCAUCACGAUGAGCAUCUAUCGCAAGUGGAAAAUCGAGCUGGAAAUCGAGGGCCUGCUGUGGAAGAUCGAUCCGGGCGACAUCAAGGGCUACUUCAACACGGAAAUCGUAUCCUCGCCGAGCAAGCUCAGCCUGGCCAGUGCCCAGUCGUUCGGGUCGCGGUGCUCGAACCAGGUGUUCACGCCGACCGCCCGCUUCCGCAGCGUGGUGGUGCGCAUCAAGGAGCUAAAGUUUUCCCGCCGCAAGGACAUCUCGCGCGAAAUCAUGAAGGAGAUGCGGCUGCUGCGCGACCUGCGGCACGAUAACAUCAAUAGCUUCAUCGGGGCUUGCGUGGAGCCGAUGCGGAUAUUACUAGUCACUGAUUAUUGUGCCAAGGGAAGCCUGUACGAUAUCAUCGAGAACGAGGAUAUCAAGCUAGAUGAUUUAUUUAUUGCAUCACUGGUGCAUGAUUUAAUUAAGGCAAUGAUCUACAUUCACAGUUCAGCUUUAAACUAUCACGGUAACUUGAAAUCGUCGAACUGCGUCGUGACGUCGCGCUGGAUGCUGCAGGUGACGGACUUUGGUCUGCACGAUCUGCGCCACUGUGCGGAGAACGAGUCGAUCGGCGAACAUCAGCACUACCGAAACCUGUUUUGGAAGUCACCGGAGCUGCUUCGCCAACCAAGCGUGUACGGCACGCAGAAGGGAGAUGUGUACGCGUUCGCGAUCAUCCUGUUCGAAAUCAUUGGCCGGCGGGGCCCGUUCGGGUACACCGAGCUCGAGCCGAAGGAGAUCAUCGAUCGGGUGAAGGCGCUGCCCGAACCGGGCAAGGAUCCGUUCCGGCCCGACAUCGAGAGCGUGAUCGAGAACGAAAAUGUGUCCGACUAUGUGAUCAACUGCAUACGCGACUGCUGGGACGAGAAUGCAGACCUGCGGCCAGAUUUUCCCAACAUUAGGAAUCGAUUGAAGCGCAUGCGCGGCGGCAAAUCGAAAAACAUCAUGGACCAGAUGAUGGAGAUGAUGGAGAAGUACGCGAACAAUCUCGAGGAGAUCGUGCAGGACCGGACGCGCCUGCUCUGCGAGGAGAAGCGCAAGACGGAGGAUCUGCUGCACCGGAUGCUGCCCCAGCCGGUGGCGGAGAAGCUGACCAAAGGACUCGGCGUCGAGCCGGUAUCGUACGACUCGGUGACGAUCUACUUCAGCGACAUUGUUGGUUUUACAGCGAUGUCGGCCGAGAGUACGCCGCUGCAGGUCGUCAACUUCCUGAACGAUCUGUACACGGUGUUCGAUCGCAUCAUCAAGGGGUACGACGUGUACAAGGUGGAAACGAUCGGCGACGCUUACAUGGUGGUGUCUGGGUUGCCAAUAACGAACGGGAACCGGCAUGUCGGUGAGAUCGCCUCGAUGGCACUGGAGCUGCUGCAGGCCGUCCGGAGCCACCGGAUCGCUCACCGACCGAACGAAACGCUGAAGCUGCGCAUCGGCAUACACACGGGACCGGUGGUGGCGGGCGUAGUCGGGUUGACCAUGCCCCGGUACUGUCUGUUCGGCGAUACCGUCAAUACGGCCUCGCGCAUGGAGUCGAACGGGGAGGCGCUGAAGAUUCACAUCUCGCAGCAGUGCAAGGACGCGCUGGACACGCUCGGCGGGUACGUGAUCGUGGAGCGUGGUCUGAUCGCGAUGAAGGGCAAGGGCGAGGUGAUGACGUACUGGUUGGAGGCGGCCACCGAGCAAGCGAUCCAGAAGAUCCCGGUCGAUGUGCGCGAUCUGCCACCGCCACUGUUCUGUCGGCCGCGUCGCAGCCCCAAGAUGACGUACGAUUCGCGCCAUCCGAGCAUUAUCGGGCUGCCGGGCGGUGGUAUGAUCACGACGGUGAGCGGCAUGGGCAGCUACAUGCCGGGCAGCAGGCGCCAGUCCUGCGCGCAUCGGGUCGGUGGAGGGGCGGACCACGAGAGCAGCUACAGCCUGCAGGGCUCGAUGUUUGGCCCGAUGGUGCCGAUGAUGCGGGCUGAUUCAUCGCCGCCGCCCCGCCAUCGACUCGAUGCGGUCUAUCGCGAGGGUUCGAUCGCACUGAUGGACGACGGGGAGGACGGUUACUCGCAGUGUACGCUCGACCAGCGACCGAUGGGACCGACGGCCCCCACCGUCACCACGCUCGGGAGUAAAAUCGCUUCGAGCGACAACCUGAAGCGCGCGCUGUUCGGCACAAACAGCCCCGGCCGACGGUUAAGCCACAAGCUGCGCUCGAUCACGUCCGCCGACGAUUACAAGCAGCUGUGCAGCAGUAUGGCGGCCAAUGGGGGCCGAUCGCCCGAGGCGGCGCUACUUCGCGAGAGCCGCUCGCUCGAUCCCUUUCCCGUCACGCUCGAGCCGCGCCGCAAACGGUUGGACGCGCUGGCCAAGCGGGUGCCCCGGCUGGCGAAAACGAUCGCCGCACCGUCCCGCACCGGCUCACAGUCAUUCGUGUCAGUGCCGCCCGCCGUCUCCACCAUCAGCCACGAAUCGAUCGCCGACAGCACGGUGCGACUGGAGGACGAUCAGCACCUGCAACGGUUGAGUGGGUCGGGCCAUGGCAACGCCAAACCGCCCAACAGUCACGGCGAGACACAGCACCACCACCAUCACCACCACCACCACCACAAGUAUCUGCACAACAACAACUGCAACGGGUCGAUCGGCAAUGGGGCGGCGGAAGAGCAGGCGACUUGUCCGCUGCUGACGCGACAAACCUCACUCACCACGCCGCAGGAGCACGAGCACCACUGCCCGGGGCUGUACACGAACAACAGCAGCAGCAAGCGGUGGUACUCGCUCGAGCACGUCGGCGUGCCGGACGAGGACAGCUGCAGCAAGAAGUCGCUCACGCGCAGCUCGCUCAAAUCCUGGCUGGUUGGGUUCAUCCACGGGAACGGCUUCAAGUCGAGCGACAGCUCCCUGCGCAAGGUGGGCGUCCUGCCGGUCGGUGUCGGCGGUGUGACCGGGUUCGGGGAGCUACAGCCAACGCCCGAGAAGGAGAGCAUGGUUUGAGGCGCGUUCCACUGCACUUUGAUUCCAUCCCGCCAGUGAGAGAGAGAGAGAGAGAGAGAGAAAGAGAGAGAGGGGCACACACAAGUACGUUGUAGAAACUGGCUUACCAAAACAAACAGACGGGAGUGGGGCAAUUUUACGGGGCAGUUACGUAUCGUUAGAGCGGGGGGGGAUAAGGGGGGGGGGGGGUUAUUUUAUGUUUUAAAAGUUUUAAUUUUGUUUGUUUGUGAGUGUGUGGGUGUGUGCGAGUAAGAGCGUUUUUUUGUAAUUAAUUUCCUCAUGUAUUUUGUAGCCUGAUUGUAAUCUGAGUGCCAUUUGCGUUUUGCAAAACAAAACAAAAAAGCGAAACAAGUGUAAUAAGCAUAAAACAGACAGACCUGUGCUGUGUGCGUGUGAGUGUGCGUGUGCGUGUGUGUAUGGAAAGGAAGAACCCGUUCUAAUUGUAAAAAAGGACGACUGUGUGUGUGUGUGAGAAGGGAUUAUGGUAACUCACCCAUGUGGACUUGUUCCACUUUCUUGUUUGCUGUAUUUUCCACUUUAAUAAUUAAAUGUGGCUUGCCCAUGGCACACUGUGUGCUGAGCAGGGUGAAGAGAAACGUUCUCAGCUACGUGCGCCUGCCCCACGAUUUCAAUCUAGGCAGCACAGAACGGCAAUGGUUGAAUAAACAAGAGAGGGAAAUGUGUAAUGGAAAGUGAUUUCAUAGAAGAAAACCCGUUAAAGGAUGCAUGGGGAAAAGGUAGAACGUAAAGUUGUUUGUGUGAAUACGUAAAAGAAAGAAGUGAAAAAGAAAGAAUCGCUAAUUGAAAAGCAAACAAAAGGAAGGGAAAACAAAAGAGAAAAAAGAAAGAAGAAGAGAAAGGAACACAGAGAGAGAAAGAGAGAAAAACACAACUAGGCUGUGAAAAUAGAAGUUAAUCAAUUAAGAAUGUUUGUCAUUUGUCUUUCUGCCUCCGAUUGUUUUGGGGCGAGAGGCGGGCUGGUGUCCUGACUCCCUCUCUCCACUUCUUCGUUUCGGUGGCCAUUUAGGGUAUGUGUGUGUGUGUGUAUGUACGGGCGAAUGAAUGUGAAAAAAGCAUUCUCAGUGUUCGGUGUGCUUUAUAAUUCGGUCGGAGGGACAUUUAACGUAAAGCUGUGUCCAAAGUCCCCUCUAACCCUUCCCUAAAGAGGAGGUUAGGAAGUCAGGGAAGUGACAUCAUUCACUUUACCUGUGUAAGUUGAUGAUAUUGUAGUUGUUCUUGUUGUUUGGGGUGAGAGUAAUGGGUGAAAAACGGCUAUAGAAGCUGAUUACCGCCAUCACCGAUUACUCCUCUUGUACUCUGUACCCCCCCCCCCCCCCCUCCCCACCCAUAAUCGGUAUCUCUGUACGUGAAUGUAUGUGACUGAGUGUCUGUGUAAGUGUAUGUUUGUAUGUAUGUUGGUUGUUAUUUCCGCAGACCGUUCGCAACAACCGCGCACCACAGCACAGCACAGCCGUUCGUUCGUUCGGUGUUUUAUUUUUGUGCAAAAUGUACUUUAAACAAACAGUGUAACAGUGUAGGGCGAUUUUUGGCAUAAGAAGAAGAAGAAGAAGAAGAAGAGGAAAAACACACGCACGCACACACAUACAACAGUAAAACAAAAUAGUAAGGGAAAAAGGAUUGCGCACGCACACAGUCAAACACGCAGUGGGGAAACAAUUGAACGUGAGCUUAACGUUAUGUAUGUAUGUAUGUAUGUAUGUAUGUAUGUAUGUAUGUAUGUAUGUACGUGUAUGUGUGAUUAUUUGUUUACAAUACUUCUACUCGCUAGGUUAACCGCAGUGCAAAGUGCUCUGUGCGUUUAAAGGCAUAUCCCUCUGUGUCUGUGUGUGUCUGGGUGUGUGUGAUUGCGAAUGUAUUUGUAUCAUAGCAACGGGUUUUUAACCAUAAAGCGCACGAUAAAGUUACCGUACAAUUAGCGAAGCAGAAUAAUGUAGUGUGUGUGUGUGUGGCUUUUCAGCUCUUGUAAUCAAUUUUACAACGAAAGUACACAAACACAAAAAGAGUGCAACAAAAUGUAUAUGUUAUGAAGAAGAAAACAAAACAGCCACAACACACAUAUAGAGACCUGUAAAUUGACGUUUGUAGCGAUAAUGAUUGCCUUGUGCGGCAUGAAUCUCAGUACAGUCACACCUAUCACUAGCUGAAAAAUGGGAAAAAGUUCAGGCGUGCCUGUAUGUGCAGUGUGCUGCUGUGUUAUGUGUGUGUGUGUUUGAAAAAAAUAUGUGAAAAUAUAUUUACACCUUUAUGAACGAUAAAAGAAGACAAAAACAAUGAAAUGAAAACAAAACAAAACCCAUUUCAGGAAAGAAUUGUUAAGAAUUAAACAAACAAAAAUGCUGUGUGUGUGCGUGUUAUCUUAGAAAAGAUAUUUGGAGAAGUUAAAAAGAAUCACUGAAUGUCGUAUGUUAAGGCCCACAAAACAGCACACAGCAGAGGAAGAAAAAAGGAAGAGAAAAAAACAAAUAGAGGAGAAAACACAAGUGAAAUAUUCAACCAAAACCGACCCGCCUAUGGGACGAGCAGUGCAGAGCAGCAAAGAGGCAAAGCAAACAAAGCGUACAUGUGUAUGUGUGUGUGGCUGUUAGGCACACACACAUACACACGCGCUGAAGUUCAUUAGUAGGAGGUCAUUUGUUUAUUUCUUUUAGUCUAAACAUAACGGGUUUUAAAGCUAUCAAAUCAUUCACUGUAUAGAAAGCGUAGUGCGUAUAUAGCAGAUAGAUAUGUAUAUGUAAAGAGAGAAGGAGAGAGAAAGAGAGAGAGGAAGAGAGAAUACACACAAAACUAUGAUGCACGUUAAACGAGUGCUCCCGGUAUGGCGAGCUGGAGGGGGGGUAGUGUGAUAGUGUGAUAAGAAGAUAGAAAGCAUUCUUUUCCAGCACAAACUCUACCUUGCCUAGAUACUCGGGACAAAAUAAUGAGGAAUGUAUAUUUAUUGAAAAUAAUAAAAAAAAAACAAGAUACUACAAAACACA